UAAUCUUGCAUUUCGACGUAUUUGAUAGAAAAAAUAACUUGCACCCAAGGGGCAGAGAUAUGCUACAAUAAUUCUGCAUUGCAAUUACAGCAAUAAUUAUUGUUCUCGAAACAUAAAUUGACAUUGUAGAAUAGAAAGAGAGAGAUUGAACAAUGGCGUCAAAACAGGUUUGAAUAUAAAUAACGGUAUUGCUUUCAUUAAGUAUCUUCGACGUGUAAACCUUAAACUCAAUCGGAAAAUUGUAUAUUUAAAAAAUACAUGUAAAGAUUGCUUAUUCAUUUAAUUAAUUGAUGCAAUAAUUAAAAGGUAAUAUAAAAAUAUCUUCAACAACAUUCAACCAUAUCAUUGAUUAAAAUAUGUCAACUGGCCAACAUUGCAAUAAGUUUUGUUGAUAUACCGCGCUAAUCAAAAUAUAUUUUGCAUUAUUUCAGAAAAGCAUAACGCAAAAAAUCACUAUCAGUCUGAAUAAAAAAAAGUAAUCCACUUCUGUUGUCUAUUUAGUAUAUGUGGGUUUAUAUAUAGCAAUUCAACAAAACGACUGAAGCCUCUGAUGUCCCCCAAAGCAGCAAACAGAUAGAAUUCAACAUUCAUUAAAAAGGAGAAACGGUUAAUAUAUUUGCCAAGCACCGAUUAGAAAUCUUUAGAAGCAGAACCAUUAAAAGAUUGGAUUAAUUACAUAUUGAAUACUAAUCUCAAAUAAAUGUAUGACCUGAAGAUUAGCUUUCUGUAGUGCCAUGGAACAAAUUUCUAAGUCUUCAUAUUUAUAACAAACAGUCAUAGAAGCAAUACGUCAAUGGAUAUCUAGCGUUGGAAAUAGUUUUUAGCCUGUCAUCAACAUGUUGAAUAAAAGAAAACUGGUAGGACAUGAAACAAUAGAAAAUCGUCCUCUUAAAAUACUAAACAACAACUUCUCACCACACAAAACUAAUGUACACUCAUUUGCUGAUUUUCCAUAUCUGUUUGGCUCUUUUCAGGUAAACUUGUUUCUUUUUGCUGGCGUCGUCGUACUUCUGUGUUUAAGUGUUACCCCAGUUGAAGCAGACCAGUGUGGUUACCACUACCACACUAAUGAAUACUACACAAUAUACUACUCGGCCUACUACAAGCGAUGCUAUCCUAUAUAUUAUGGAUACUGCUAUAAUGGGUUUUGGAAUCAAGAGAUACAUGGUACGAACGCAGAGGAGAGGUUGUAUUAUUGUAAAAUAAUAUCCUAUUUUGGCAAGAGAUCUUCUUCUACAGGAGAAUUGGACACCUACAGUGCAACUACAAACAGACCAAAGAAAAAGGUAUAA